AUGGCUUCUCAUAAAACUUUCAGGAUUAAAAGAAUACUGGCCAAGAAAGAAAAGAAACAAUUAUUUGUCCCAUUCCCCCAAUGGAUUCAAGUGAAAACUGGUAAUAAAAUCAGAUACAACUUCAAGAGAAGACACUGGAGAAAAACCAAGCUGAAAAGUCUGGAGGGCAGAAAGGUAAAACCAUUGCCAAUUGGAGAUCAAUCCAAAUUUCAGUUAAAGCACCCCAAAAUUAUGAUGUAA